GGGAGAGCAGUGACAAACGUCGCCAACGGUCACGUUAUCUCCUCUAAAGUGCUCGGAUUUUUAUAAUAUUCGGUCAACGGGCUCAGAUAUUGAUCGUUUAAUUCUUCUCUUGGUGGAUGAGAUUUUGUUGGACUUUUCCGAAGCGCGUCUCUCCACUUUAAUGCGGUGGGAUGGCCACAGUGCCGCCUGGGCCUAGUAACGCACUGCCUACAUCCCCGGCUGAAGUUGCUCCUUUCUCCGGGGCAGGGAGAGCGGAGCCAGCGGUGGAAGCCGGAGAGCCCACCUACAGCGGGGAGGACUGCGGGCCCGCCGGUACGGGCAAGACGCAGCCAGUGAACGAGGUCAAAAGGUCGGCUAAGAAGAAGCAUAAAAACAUGCUAGCCCGGGCUAGCCCGGCGGCUCUCCACUUGAAAAUGCAAGCCGGAGAGCAGCAGCAGCAGCUGAAUGGCUUGGUCAGCUCCUCUGAGGACCUCGACGGCCACCAGCGUACAGGGAGCCGGCCUGACAAUCUCAAACCGUCCGAGGACAACUGUGACAGCAGCUGUUGCAGCGAGGCUGCGGCCGACAGGAACAGGACGGAGCACUGCCAGCACGAAGGCCACAGCCCCUUCUCCAAAAACGGCAGCCACUCUCCUGUGACUAACAGCAGCGUUAACGGGAUGCCGGCGACCCACGAAGCCGAGGACCAGCGUGAGCACACUAUGAGAGGAUCGGAGGACAGCGACGGGCCCUGUGGAGGGGAGAGCCCCUCUGAGCUGCAGCCGCCGGCCGCCCAGCUGGCCCGGCUCGACCUGAGCGGCUCUCCCGGCAGAGCAGAGGACAGCCACGGCAUCCGCUAUGUCCGCUACGAGUCCGAGCUACAGAUGCCCUGGAUCAUGAGACUCAUCACCAAGGACUUAUCAGAGCCUUAUUCCAUUUACACAUACAGGUACUUCAUCCAUAACUGGCCGCAGCUUUGCUUUCUGGCCAUGGUGGAGCAGGAGUGCGUGGGAGCCAUCGUUUGUAAGCUUGACAUGCAUAAGAAGAUGUUUCGCCGCGGCUAUAUUGCCAUGCUGGCCGUGGACUCAAAACACAGAAGGAAAAGUAUUGGUACUAAUUUGGUAAAAAAGGCCAUCUACGCCAUGGUGGAGGGGGACUGUGACGAGGUUGUCCUGGAGACAGAGAUCACCAAUAAAUCCGCCCUGAAGCUGUACGAGAACUUGGGUUUUGUCAGAGACAAGCGGCUGUUCAGAUACUACCUGAACGGAGUGGACGCGCUGCGGCUCAAACUGUGGCUCCGCUAGAGAGAAAGAAGCAGACGGGACUGAGGGGGAGGGAGGCGGGUCUCCAGGUGCUGUUCACCUCUAACACUAGGAGCUCAAGAGCCUGAGUUCUGCCCUUUGGUCAUUUCCCACAUUAACACAGCACACACACAAAUGCACCCACACCCACCCACCCGUGUUCAGACACCUUCCUUUUCUCCUCAACGUCCAAAAACAACUUGGGUGGAAAAAGACUGAAUUGCCAACAGCCGUGUUUUUAUUUUUUACGAAGAGGGCGGCCUCGGAGGACGGAGCUGUCGCCUCAGCGCACUGUGACGUGACAGGGGCACCACACCAAAUCAUCCUGCAGAACCACGGACUAAACAGACCUGCAGGAAGCGACACGCAAAGGGACACGGGAAAGCAGGAAGCGCGGCUACAAAGAGCGACCGGGAGGAAAAUAUUUGUGAAGUUUAUUUUUGGGUUGUUUUUUUUUUUUUAAAGCCUUGUUCGGUUGGGGAGGGUUAAAGAUCUAGUCUGACUUGUGUGUUUGUACUGCCACAUGAUAUAUAUUUUUUUUCAGGUGUGUGUGUUUUUGAUUGUAUGUGCUGCUGUUGGUUUCACUGAAUUUUGGGUGACUGCUUGAAUGCGCACUGUAUGUAUUAUUUUUCUUGAGUUUGUUUUUCUUGUUCCGGGCGUGGCGCCCUGCUGCUGUCUCUCCCAUCAUCUGGACCAGAACCUGUAAAUCACGCGUGCUUCUGUUUGUUUUUACUGUGAGAGCAGGAGGAGAAAUCAUCUCUCCUUCCUCCGUUUGGUCCAGAGCAGUUGUUCAAAGCAAAUCAAUCCACACCUCAUCACCUCAAACCUGACCCAACUUAGGGAUAAACCACCUUUAUUUUUUUCCUCUUCGAUGUCUAUCACUAUAACCAGCCAUUUCAGGGUAUGAUUUACAAAGUUUAUGCCCCCCCCCCCCCCCUAGAUACACUGCCAGCCUCUGCAAAAUCCCCCCAGAAGAGACUCUUUGCCAAGGAUGGUGUGGUCCUAUAUGUCCAAGCUGUUUACUGAUUGACAUUAGCAGUCCCUUUCUCAAGUGCCACUCUGUCCAUCCGGACUGACAGGAAAUGGUUCUGCACUUCUGUUCCCGAUGCUGGAUUCCUGUUUGAGUAUGCUGUGUGUAUUUAAACUGUGGAUAAAGGAAGGACAAAAGAAAAAUAGAGUAUUCUUAGAUCAUAUUUUCUUUUUUUUUUAUUAAGAAUUUCACCACAGUACAUUCGGGCAUACGACACUCAACCCACCUCCAGAACCUUCAGAGUUCUCCAGUUCACACUAAUUGGUGAAGAAAUGCUUCAGCUGCUUAUUUUUUUUUUCUUUUAAAGAAAAAUGUCAGAUAAACCUACUUUUUUAAAUGGUUGCAGUGUUUAUGAGUAAGAGUGCAUCCUGCAACUUUAAAAGCAGUUUGGAUCAGCUUGGUUCCAACAAUCUGCAUGACUAAAUCAGCCUUCGCUGCUCGUUAUGCCUCCAACUUACAGGAUGCUGACAUGUGGCUCUAUUGGAAGAGUUUAUUACCAAGUAGACAUGGGCUGGUUACCACUUUCAGGCUUUUCUGUAAUAUAAAACCAUAGUAUUUUUAAUUUAAAGUUAUUUUCCUACUCUUUGAAAUGCCUCUUUAUGGCAGUGGUGGAGUCUUCCCCUGCUGUAAGGAGCAUUGAGUAAAUCCACCCUGCCUCUACUAUGCCUAUAACCGCUGAAGGAGGUUACUAUGUUUUUAUCAAAAAUAUACUUUAAUAAACAAAAAUUUGUUGGUAAGGUGGCUUUAAAUCAAGCUUGUUGAACUAUUGUGGCCUAAAAUUUCAACUUGGAAAGUUGGAAGUCCACCAUGCAACCCAGAGAUGCCUAUUUAAUGUGGAGCCCUGUAUAAAAUAAUGUAAAUAUAAGCAUUACACCAUGGCAGUCUGAGCUUUGUGAGGAACUACCCGAUUGAGUUCUCCACUUCUCAGCUCCAGUAAAGGUUGCUUUUGUGUGUAACCUGUAAACGCUCUCUACCUGCUUUAAAUAGCUGCUAAAUCUAUCCUGAACAGUUAUCUUUACUGUUUUAACACAAAAUAAGGCAAAAUAGGCUGUAUUGUCAAUAGCACUAGAGCAAUUGUCAUUUCAACUCAAAAUAUAUACAUAUAAGUAUAUAUCUAUGGGCAUGUUGGUGCUUGAACGCAGAAAAUGGAUGAAAACAGAUCGCCAACAUGUGCUGCUAAAUAUAGUUAGCAGCAUAGUAAUAUAGUAAGUAGAAUCAACUUCUCAUCCAGAUCCAGGCUCUAACUACCAAGGCUGACUAAACGCACCACCUAAUAGCAACUUGUUGUUCUGGUGUUACUCUGUAAAUAGCAGAACAGCACAAAUAGAUCUGUAAUAUCUCGUUCAGCAGAAGUCCUUGGAAACAACUACUACAUUUAACCGAAAUUUAUUUAGGUCUUUCUAGACUAAGCCUAAAUAUCCCAAUUUAGAAUUAUAAAGAUACCACUAUGACUUAUAAUCCACAUAAUUUCCAUGUUUUUUAUAAAUAACAGCAGAUGGAAAAAUUUUCUUUUAGGUUCAGAGUUGUUUAUAAAUGCAGCUGGUUUUACCAACUGUGGGAACCGGCCCAUGUCUAAUGAAACCAACAUCAGUAUUAAUUAGAAACUUUCAUGAUGUUAUGGCUGAGCACUUCUUUGACAUCUACACUACAUGCACCUGUCUACUUUUCAUGGUUUAUUCUAGAUGAGAUGGUUCUAUAGGAGCCCAGAACAGAGCUGCCACCCUGUGUGUUUUUGAAGCCACUGAUCGAUCACCUGUUUUCUUUGAUUCAGAUUUGUAUUUUGGUGGGGUUUUUUUUAUUAUGCGUGGGAUUGGACAGCGUUUUGACUCGACUUUUUUUAUUUUAAUUUCUGUGCUAAUCUUAUCCUUUGAGUUCAGUGAAACUGAUGAGCGAACAAAAGAACAAUCUAGACCCUUUCUCCUUUUAUUGUGACCUUCUGUAACCUCUGGGUUUAUUCUGAAGGUUUGAAUCCCCUGUCCCCUUGUUGGACCCCUCCCCUUCAGAUAACUGAUUAGAGCAAAGAAGAUCAUGUGGUCAACCUUUCUACGUCUUUCUGAGCCGUUGGUGUUUUUCUGAAGAAAAUGAUCAGUUUUCACAACCCUCAAUUCUGUAACAAUUGGAAACUUCUUUUGAUUUGUUUUUAAGGGCAUUAGAGCCAAACGCCUCCAUCCAGGUCAUGAACACAGACUGAAGGGCUUUGUCAUCAUCAGCUCAUAGCCACAGCUUAUGGCAUUGCUUUAGUUUUAUUAAAUAACUUGUGCACAUUAAUGUGUUUUAAAGCGUCAGCCAGCCCAACAAUUCCUGACUAAAAAAAGAUGCGUCCCUCGGAUUGUCAAUGGCUCAACCAACCAGCCAUGCAGAGGUUCCUGCAGCCUUUCAAAGAUGGCCAGCACCGCCUCCCAAUGAGACACAUGCAGCAGGAAAAAAGGGGGGAAGAGCAAAACGUUUAUUUUUGCAUGUCUGUUUCCCCCCCCCCCCUGCUCCGCUCCCCCCCUCAUGUCCUCCUCUUUUCUUCAUUUUGAUCUGGAAAUGUCCAAUAGCUUUUAUUUAAUGUGGAAAAAGAACACAGAAAUAAAUUAUUUGAUUUCUUUUUUUAAUGCUGUAAA